GUUGUACUCAUCAUCAAAAGUUGAGUUUGAAGAACAAUGGCAGAAUUAGGAGCUACAAUUCCAAAUGCAACUUCAACUUCAUCAGAUUCAACAAGAUUGAAUGAAGUUGGAGAAUUAUUUGGCCAAUUUUUCAAGCAAUUGUUUGCAAUCGUCGGGUUUGCAGCAAUGAAUACAAGCAACCGAAAAUCUCUACUGAUGGCUUUGGUUUUUGCCAUUUUUCUUUACUACCUAGCUUUGGUGCAGCUUCACAUCAAUAGUUUCCUCCCAUUCAUGAUGGUAAUUCUUUUACUUGGAAGUGUUGUUUCAAUUUUAGCAUUGAUGGUUAUUUCGCCGACAAUUGCUUGGAUUUAUUUGGGUUUCUGGAUCUUAAUCUUUGCUUCGAUGUUGAGAACAACUCAAAAGCAUAAUGCUAUUCUUGAUGUGAAGAAGCCGGUGUUUGAUGUGGAAUUGGAUAAAAUGGAAAAGUUCUUUGAAGAUGGAUGUAUUGAAGUCUAG